UGCAGGUAGAAGGUUUCUCCGAAUGAUCCCAGCUCAGUACCCAAUGCUUCCUAUGACAGUCCCAGCGCUGCACCUUAGCUAUGGGCACGGGCGCCUCCUUCCCAGGAUGUAAAUCAUUAUCCGCUGUUCAAGUUAAAAGAAGCACCAAUAAAGUUGCGCCGGAACGAGCCCGUGGGGUUGCACCCGCAGUGACUGCAGUGUUUGGGGUUUCUCUUGAGCAAUGCAAAUCAAAAGAUACAGAUUCCAUCCCCUUGGUGAUCAAGGACAUUGUUGAACACCUCUCCAUGUUUGGUCUAAAACAUAAAGGGCUGUUUAGAAUCUCUGCCUCGGUGCACAAAGUAAAGACCCUGAAAGCCAAGUAUGAUAAAGGGGAGAAGGUGACUCUGGAGCAGGAAGAUGACAUUGAUGCUAUAGCAAGUCUUCUCAAAGUUUUUCUAAAAGAGCUUCCAGAAGGUGUAGUGCCGGAACCCAGCCACCCUUCCUUCAUUGGUGCUUACAGAGCCCACAAAGACAAUACAGACAAAUGUACGCAACAGCUGAAAGAGUUAAUUGCAAGUCUCCCCCGAGCGCAUAGAAAUGUCCUGCUCUACCUUUGCUUCUUCCUAAUCCAAGUGGCCUCUUUCAGUGACAUAAACAACAUGACCUUGGAAAACCUUUCUGUUGUGUUUGGGCCCAGUUUUUUCAGGGUCCCAUUCAGCAGGGAUGUUCAUGAGGAACAGAUGCUGUGCAACGCAAUACUCCUACACGUGCUCAGGAACUAUGAGAGAAUAGCCGAGGGCUUAUUAAAGCCAGAAAUCCUCCCCGGGGUAUGUACCAACCUGGAUCCCUCUCUGUAUUCUGCAAAUAUUUUGGUCCAGGCCCUAAACCCUUGUUUUUGCUGCACCCGCCGCACCCUAGCUGUGCUUCUGCUGGGGAAGAGCCAAGUCAUCAGCCAAGAUAGCGGCACUGGAAAUGUCCCACCGGCGGCUCCAGGGUUUGAGGAAGCUUGCCUGACAUGUUGCAAGAUGCCACCAAGAUCUCCAUUUCAGAUGAUGGAUGGCCUGCAAAGACUAUCACUUUUUAAUGAUUUCACUACGGGUGUCCAAGACCUAACUACAGCGGUCCUUGGGGUGGAGGCAACAUCCGCUCAAGCUAUCAAGAACUUAUUAUGGCCCUACUGGCAACCUUGGGGCACCCUGCAUUUCACAGAGAUGCCUCUGUAA